UUCCUCGAAGCCUAAUCACGUGGGCAGAAAGCGGGCGGGGGAGCUGGUCGAGAAUCUGAAGAAAUGAACUUUAACGUUUGGAAUAUCAAAGAAAUGCUCAGUGUUCCCUCAGGCCCGGGGACCAAUAAAUCAUCUAGUUGGAAUAACAAUGUUAAUGAUUACUCCAGCCUCACUGAUUCCCAAUUCCUCUUUGGAUCCCAAGUCUAUCCAGAGAAUUCACAAUCACUUUCAGCAUCUUUGGAUUUCAGUGCCCCCUUGAGACACGCCAAAACUUCCCAACAGAACUCUGAUGAUAGUGAACCUAGUAUUUUUACAAAAUAUCAGGCAAAACCCCAACUGUUUGGGGGAAAUACAAAGAAUGGAAACUUACUUCCUCCUCAUUUGCCUAUUGGAAAAUCCAAAGGUGUCUUGGAACAGUUUGAAGAAAAUAAGAAGAGAGCACAAGAUAAACAGGACAGUGAGAUUCUAAGCAGCUUCAUUUCCUUUGUCAGAGAAAACUUGAACCAGUUAAAAAUAACUCUGGAAAAAUUGGACGAAGAACUCAUUAAAAGAAGCCAGACCAUUUUGGAUUCAGUGGUAGCAGUUAUUAAGACAUUGCAAGAUAGUAUCCAAGCCCGUUGUGACUUAAUAUUAGAAGCUCUACGAGACAAAAGCAGAAUGGAGCAGAGAGUCCUAGAGAUGGAGAAGCAAUUUGAAAUUAGAGAGAAGGAAUUUUCAGAUUUGAAAUCCACUCUGAAGCAUCUUGAAGUCCUAGCAGCCGAACAGAGCAGACAGCAGCAGAAGCUAUGCAACCAAUUAGAAAAACUCAACUUCCCCAAUGUUUUGGCUGAAAUGUAUUCACCUGGUUCAAAAGCUCAGUUAUCCUUCCGUGUGAAUGAUGAAGAUUCCCAAACCUUUCCAGCUCUACACCAGGUCUCCAGACUCGCCAGGAAAGGGAAAUCAAUUUCAGAAUCUUCAGAUAAAGGUGAAAACAUCCUGCUUCCUCACCUGGACCGGCCAUCAUCAUCACACCAACGUGAAAAACAGAGUGCCAAGAAGCAAGAAGCUGGGAGGGGAAAUCAGAAGCACUAUACAAACACAGGGACUUUUUGGCUCAACCAGAGAGGUCUGAGUGUACAGGAUGAAGCUGUGCAGACUGAUUUAGAGCCUCAAGCUCCUGCUAAGAAGUUGCCUGAGAACCAUGACUCCAGUGGCUACUCCAGUAACUGCAAAAGAGACUUGACAGUUGAAGAAACAUCUCAGUCUUCAUCAGUGACUAUGAAGGAUUUGAUCAUUAAGACCGGGCCCACCUGUAUUCCACAAGAGUGUCAGCCAACAGCUCUAUUUUGUAGUAAUACACAGUAUCAAAAUAAAGGGCUUGAACAGAAAGACAAGGAAAUAGGCUUAAGAAAAAGAAUAAAAAGGAAAAAGCCCAGGAAAUUUCAAAGAAACACAUUUAUAAGGGGGAAGAGUUCAGCCCUUUCAAGAGAUACCGCUACUUUCAGCCCAAGAGUAGAGGAUCCCCAGUUUGCAAAUUCUGGACAAGAAGAUAUAUUUCUGGGUCAAGUGGAGGACCUCAAGCAACCCUUGCCUCUGCUGCGUCCCUACAAAACUCUGCGGCCUGUAGAGAAAGGAAGAGCAAAGGCAGAUAGCCCCACCAAAGCAGCAAACCAAUUCUUCUAUGAUUCUUCUUCUCCCUUUCCAAACAGUUCCGAGGCAGACAAGCAGAUGAGGUGGUUCAGUGACCUCAGUUCUAAUAACCUGAGUAGCCCUCAUGCCAGGGAAGCUGAGAGAAGUACAUUUUACCCCAUUGCUUUUGACAGCAGUGAUGAUGAGAAACCCUUCUUCGGAGCUCCUAAUCACCAUUCCUAACCGACCGUUUCUGCAAAGGUACCUGUGAACAAUCACUCUCUUUUUCCAGCUGGGAGAGUGAAAUGAAAUGCAUCAUUCUGAGCUUAUCUUGUGGUCGGGAGAAGACUGGGAUACGUGUGCCCAAAUGAAAUAUACUUGGGAGCCCUCACUAAAGAAUUCAGUGUCUUCAUUCUCCAGAAUGGAGUUUGAAAGGUUGGCCAGAACUUGGCAAUGUUCCUUAGAAUUUCCUUUGAAACACAACCAUAUUAACUAAAACCUGGGAAGACUCGAUAAUGACUUGGUUUACACCUCAUUGUUUUCAGUAGGAAUGUCAAUUUUAUUAUUGAAGAUUUAAUUAAUAUGAAAUGACCUUAGCCAGAGGAAUAACUCGUACAUGAAAUUAUAUAUUUCCAGUGUUUUACUUAAAUCCUUCUGAGGUUUUCGCUUGCAAUUUUAGUUUUUCCCUAUUUCUUCCUAUUUGUAGUUUAUGUUGCCCCUUGUAGUUUUGCUUUAUCGGUAGACAUGCUGUCAAGCAUCUAAACAAACAUAUACCGAAUACUGUUGUGAGGCAUAUUAAAAUUAAUUGUAUCUAAAGCAUGGAAUUAAAAAG